AUGAACGUCAAUCAGGUGUUAGAGGGCACCCUGUCGCCAGAUGCCGCGACACGUACAAGCGCUGAGCAGCAGCUGCUUCACGCGGCGGAAGUCGACUUCGCUACCUAUUUGACUACUCUCGGUCAAGAACUUGCAAACGAGAACGCCGCAUCUUCCACCAGAACGGCCGCUGGUCUCGCUUUGAAGAACGCUUUCACUUUCAGAGAUCUCGCCCGGCUACGCGAGGUGCAAGGAAAAUGGCACCAACAGAUCAGCCCAGAAAUUAAGACUCAGGUCAAGGAGCUUGCGCUCCAGACCCUCAACUCGAAGGACGGACGGGCCGGCCAGUCCGCCGCCCAGUUUAUCGUCUCUAUCGCCGCCAUCGAACUUCCUCGCAAUGAGUGGCCCGAGUUGAUGAACAUCCUGGUUAAGAAUGUCGCGUCUGGUUCGGAUCAAACGAAGCAGGCCUCUCUGAUCACUAUCGGUUUCAUCUGUGAAUCCCAGGAUGCCGACCUUCGGGACAGUCUUACCGCCCACUCCAAUGCUAUAUUGACGGCUGUCGUCCAGGGUGCCCGCCGUGAGGAGCCCAACAUGGACAUCCGAUAUGCCGCCAUCAAGGCUCUUAGUGACUCCGUUGAUUUCGUGCGCUCGAACAUGGACAAUGAGGGUGAGCGGAAUUAUAUCAUGCAAGUUGUCUGUGAGGCUACCCAGGCGGAUAACCUCCAGGUCCAGGCUGGUGCCUUCGGAUGCUUGAACCGUAUCAUGGGAGCCUACUACGAAAAGAUGCGCUUCUACAUGGAGAAGGCUCUGUUUGGCUUGAGUAUUAUGGGCAUGAAGAGCGAGGAAGAAGAUGUUGCCAAGCUCGCUAUUGAAUUCUGGUGCACCGUUUGCGAAGAGGAAAUUGCUAUUGAAGAUGACAACGCUGCGGCCCAAUCCGAGGGUUCCACUGAGAUUCGCCCCUUCUUCGGCUUUGCCCGUGUUGCGGCCCGAGAGGUCAUUCCCGUUCUCUUGCUUGAUAUGUGCAAGCAGGAUGAGGAUGCUAGUGAUGAUGAGUACAACGUUGCACGCGCUGCUUACCAGGCUCUGCAGCUCUACGCUCAGUGCGUUCAGGGUGAUGUCAUCCAGCCUGUUCUGUCCUUCGUUGAGGAGAACAUCCGUAACGAGGACUGGCACCGUCGGGAUGCCGCUGUUGCCGCGUUCGGUGCCAUCAUGGAUGGUCCGGACCCCAAGAUCCUGGAGCCCCUCAUCAAGCAGGCUUUGGGUGUCCUUGUUGGCAUGAUGGAGGACAGCUCCGUCCAGGUCCGUGACUCUGCUGCCUACGCGCUGGGCCGCGUGUGUGACUUCUGCUCCGAGACACUUGACCCCGAUGUUCACCUUCAACCUCUUAUCUCUUGCCUCUUCAACGGUCUUGCUAGCACACCCAAGAUCGCCAGCUCCUGCUGCUGGGCUUUGAUGAACGUUGCCGACCGCUUUGCCGGUGACAUUGGUGGCCAGACCAACCCGCUCUCCAAGCACUUCCAGGACAGUGUCAAGUCGCUUCUCACUCUCACCGAGAGACAGGAUGCUGACAACCAGCUCCGCACUGCUGGAUACGAGGUCCUUAACUCUUUCGUCACAAACGCUGCCAACGACAGCUUGCCUAUGGUCGCCACCCUUUCGGAUGUCAUGAUCCAGCGUCUCGAACAGACCAUCCCCAUGCAACAGCAGGUUAUUAACGUCGAGGACCGUAUCACAUUGGAGGAGAUGCAGACUAGCAUUACCAGUGUGCUCUUGGCCAUUGUUCAACGCCUUGAACUCGACAUUAAGCCCCAGGCGGACCGCAUUAUGCAUGUCCUGCUCCAGGUUUUGUCUACCGUCCCUCCCAAGUCCAGUGUGCCUGAUGUGGUGUUCGCCACUGCUGGUGCGCUUGCUGGUGCUCUUGAGGACGACUUCAUCAAGUACAUGGACUCUUUCACCCCAUUCCUCUAUAAUGCUCUUGGUAAUCAAGAGGAGCCUGGUCUCUGCGCCAUGGCCAUCGGUCUGGUCAGCGACAUUUCGCGUGCCCUGAACGAGAAGGUUCAGCCUUACUGCGACACCUUCAUGAACUACUUGCUCAACAACCUGAGAAGCUCUACCAACCAGCUCAAGCCUGCUAUCCUCGAGACCUUCGGAGAUAUUGCUCAGGCUAUUGGAACACAAUUCGACACAUAUCUGCCUGUUGUUGCCCAGGUGCUCCAGCAGGCGUCGAUUGUGACAGCCAGUUCGGAUGUAACUAUGGAAAUGCUGGACUACAUUAUCUCGCUUCGUGAAGGUAUUAUGGACGCAUGGGGUGGUAUUCUCCUCUCGUACAAGGGCACACCGCAGGCCGCACAACUCCAGCCCUUUGUCGAGUCUAUUUUCGGCCUUCUUCACCUCAUCUCUCAGGACCCUAGCAACCGCAGCGAGGGCCUGAUGAGGUCGUCUAUGGGUGUUCUGGGUGACUUGGCUGAUGCUUUCCCCAACGGCGAGUUUGCCGCUUUCUUCCGCAACGAGUGGGUUACCUCUCUCGUCCGGGAGACAAAGUCGAACAGAGAGUACAGCCCUCGCACAGUCGACACCGCUCGCUGGACCCGUGAGCAGGUCAAGCGUCAAGUCACCUUGUCGACUGCUGCUGCCAUGUCUUAA